AUGGAGGCAGGCAGUGUGUCUCCUCCGGUGUCCGAGUGGGAGUGGCCCCCCACCCCACGUGACCCAGCACAGGACUUUGCGUCCCUGUCAGAGGUCGCAGCAGCCCUCCCCGCCACCUCGCCGUCAGGUUUGGAAACUGUCGCCAUGGAGGUGGAUGACGGUUCACCCCAACUCCUGGCGGACGACAAGACACCGCCUGCAAACCCUAGCAGCCCUGACCGCUCCGAGCACUCCUCUGAUACCUUACCCUCCGCCGCUACCAAAGACGAGGAGAUGGAGAACAACAGAGCUUCCUCUUGCAGCGCAAAAGGCCCCUCCAAACAGGAAGGCCUUGAGGAGGCCAUCCAAGAGCGCCUUGAUGUUAGCAUGGCCAAGCCUGAGGUAGUGGACCCCACACCUCUUCCUAGCCAACCUCCCAGCCCUGGGGCCACCGCCAGCGCUUCUGAAAGCACUGCAGUGGACCGCGCUAACGCUGGUGCUGCUCAAGCGGCUGUCGUGGACAGCCCCACAAGCCCUGCAGAGGCUGCCCCAGCUGGUGAGCCGACAGUGGUAGGCACCCAGUUGGUUGUGCUGCGCAUAGCCAUGCCAGCCAACAGCACGGUUGGAGCCUUGCUAGCCAAGGCUAGAGAGAGGGCUAGCGCACCAGGUCUGGAGUUUGCCUCACUGCAUUCCACACCUGACGUUACGUUCCCCCACGUAGCGACGUUGGGGGCAGUGAUGCCACCAGGAGUGCUGAGGCUCCUUCUCCGUGACAGCCCUGGACCUACGGCCGUAGCUAGCACCGCUGCUGAGGUGGGUGCGACGCCUUGCCUCUUCUCCCCUGACCAGUGUUGGUGCUACUGCUGCGAAAUCGGCACUGCCAACCC